AUGUCCAUUCGCAUUGCCAUCCAGAGAGAGCUCGACUCACCGAUACCGCUCGAAAUACGCCCAGAAACGAGGAUGGCCGGCAACCAGGAAGGCCUGGGCCUCAUCGACGCCAAGGACCUGCAAUUAAGAAGCAUACAGCAACACAUGGAUAAUGUACAUGCGCCGGAAUUGCUGAAGUAUCUGCCUUCUGGGAUAAAACGACCAGAUACCUACAAGAGGAACGAACUAGUCCAUGCCGGAAACGUAAUCUUUGACCUCGAUUUUCUAAGACGUGUGGAUUCAGUCUUCUUGGUUGAAAAUAAGGUUCAACGUCAUGAUCUUUUGGCUGCCUUUCGGAACAGGUAUGGGGACGACCCCGAAGCUUUCCAAGGAUACUUGCCAGCGGAGGUGGAGAGGAUCAUCAACCUGAAGAGUUCGUUGACCCAUCUAUGGACCUGGAAGGAUCUGAAAAGACCUGGGGACAAUGAACAUAUUUCGAAGCGCGAUGCUUUGAUAAAUAUGUGCGACACGGCCAUCCGCCGAUGGUUUCAGCGGACAACGCAUCCUUACUCAAUGGACGAGGUGGCCAGUACUUUCGCUGACAUCCGCAACCGUUAUGAUAUCGAGAGGGAAUGCAUCGAAAAAGAGAGCAAAUCCCUUGGGAAGUUCCAACGGCUACGGAACAAAGUGAGAGGCCUCAAGCGCUUCAAGAAGUGA